AUGGUGACAACCACAAUCCAACUCACUCCCAAGGAACAGCAGCUUCGCCGUCUUCUUCUUGAUGUAGCGCAAUCUAUCGACGACUCUGGGCAGGCUCCAGAGCCUAUUGUGCUCCGAUGGGCUGGUGGUUGGGUACGCGAUAAGCUUCUCAAUAUUCAGAGCCAUGAUAUCGACGUGGCAAUCAACGCUAUGACAGGCGUUCCAUUCGCCCAAGCUAUGUGCGACUAUUGCGAGAAACCUGAAGCCAUGUCUAAGCACAACAUUGGUCCUGACGAUAUUGGUAACUUGCACAAUGUUGCUCGCAACCCGGAAAAGUCAAAGCACCUCGAGACAGCCAUGGUCAAGAUGUUUGGGUUGGAUCUUGACUUCGUUAACCUUCGAAAAGAGACCUAUGCAGAGGAUAGCCGUAACCCCCAGAUGGAGUUCGGCACAGCAGAAGAAGACGCCCGCCGUCGCGAUGCCACUGUGAACGCGCUCUUUUACAACCUUCAUGAUGAUCGUGUUGAAGAUCUUACCGGAGGACUUGCUGACAUGGAUGCCAAAAUCAUCAGAACGCCCUUGGAACCUUUUCAGACGUUUAUGGACGACCCCCUGCGAGUUCUGCGGCUCGUCCGUUUUGCCAGCCGACUUGAUUUCACCAUUGAUCCCGACACCUGCAAGUUCAUGGCCGAUCCAAGGGUCUUGGAGGCGUUGCGUGUCAAAAUCAGCCGAGAGCGGGUUGGCGUAGAGUUGGAGAAGAUGUUAAAGGGAGCACACCCUCGUCAAGCCCUUGAAUUUAUUGACAGCCUGCACCUCUUCCAUGCCAUCUUUACUGAUCCUGCUCAAGGAAACCUGUCCGGUCCAGACAUAUCGCAGUGGAGUGUUGUGUACACCUGCCUCGACGAGUUCUUGAAGGAUAACUCCUUGACUUCCAUAGCUGAACGUCUCGUCACUUCUGAAGAUGCCUCUUACUAUGCAUGGAACCUUGCCGCUCUAUCUCCCUGGAUGACUGUCAAAGAGCCUCAAAACCCGCGCAAGAAGGCAAACGCUCCUCCGCUGGUGGCCGUUGUUGCCCGCGAAGGUUUCAGAGCCCCGAACAGAUUGUCAGAUAUCAUCGCUGCGUCUCAUCGUCACCGAGAAGAAAUUUUGGCAUUGAAAGAUGCUGUCUGUAGUGGGGAACCAUAUAUCAAUGAGCGUGACCGCUUCGGUAUGGCUAUCCGUAAAUGGGAUACCCCAGCUGGUACUUGGAGGCUGCAAGUUCUCAAUGCUUUGCUGGUUGAAGCUUUCGAAACUCUUCCCACAUGGCACCGAGAAGGAUCGGAAGAGCAAAGAAAGUUCUUAUCAGGCUGGGAGGCCUUCCUCGAGCACCUGGCUAAGCUAGAUGUCUACGAGGUCACAUCACUCAAGAAGCUACUCGACGGCAAAAGCCUUGUCAAGGCACUUGGAACAAAACCUGGAAAGUGGACUGGUCAGGCACUGGAAGUGUGUGUUGCGUGGCAGCUCCGUAACCCUGAUGCGACAGACCCAACAGGGGCGAUAGAGGAGGUACAGCAACGCAGGAAAGAGCUCGGUAUACCGUAG